UAAGAAAUUGCCACCGUGAUGUCUUAUCCUGACUUACCACCUCUACCAAAGAGCCUCGCUGCUGCUGUUUUACCAGAGGGCUCUAAUCUUAAUCACGUUGACACACCGAGUACUUCUUCGAGUGCACGAAAUUUGCCUCAAAGAGAUACCAUCGAUGGGCCCAACAGAUACGGUAGCUUAUCAUCGACAGCUGAUUCCGUUAGUAGCGGAGAAGCAAGCAAAUCCCCAACGGUAUCAUCGACAGGAACAACAUCAAACGAAAGCAACAUGGACACACAAUUAGCAACACUUCGGCAAGAAAUGCACAAUUUACGACAAAUGGAUCUAUCAUUACUCACUCAGUUGUGGGCCUUGAACGAAUCGAUACAAGGUUUUCGCGCUCGUCUGGAAGAGAGUAAAUCGUCUCGGUCACCAUCACCGAGGAAAUCGUUCGGCUCAGAAGGCGAGAAUGAUUUCAAGAGCAUUACGACGGCUCCACUGAGAGAGCCUAGUUCUAGCAGUAAUCGUCACAUAACACAAGGAAGCCGGGGAAAUCGGCCAAAUACCAUGCCGACAAAACCCAGAAACGAUGGGGCACAUCUAAUGAUGAACGCCAACCAUUUUCCCGAAAAGGCUGUGCGUAAGUCUCGACCCAAGAAAAAUCUAUACGAUUAUCCAUACGAAGAAAAUCAUUUAAUAUCUGAGACCAACAACCAUCAACAAGCGAACGUUUGCUCACGAGCCCGAAUUUCGAAUAAUAUUCCACAGCAAACGUGUUCAAAUAACGAUCUUCCACAUUAUCCAAUUCCAAGUGUUCACAGCUUGCAAUCGCCUGGCGGUGCUGUGUUGCAUCAGCAAAUGGCACAAAAGCCGCAUCAGACUCACAUAAAUCAUAAACACCCCGUUCAGUGGGUACCACCAUCAUCAAACUCCCACCCAAAGACAUCUAAGGGUGCUAUUCCUAAGAUUCUUUCCAUAUUGCAACGCAAACAACGAGCUCCUCCACCACCACCGCCAUUCCUACACAACAAGUCACCACAAAGACCCGUCUGAUCAUCAAAGGCUGAACAAAUAAUUUUCCUCAACUUCAAUUAAAAAUUAUACUUUUCCUUCAAAAUGAAUAAUUACAUAUAUCACCCUCUUCAUUGGGCACUUGUCAAUUAAUCCUACUCCUUAAAACGUUCCGUUACUUAUUUAAAAAAAAAAACAAAAAUAAUAAAAAGUUAGAAUUCUUGAAGAAAAAAACGAUAAUUGAACCGCAAUUUAAUUGCAGAGCUACAGAAUAUAUUUUCUUUUCAAAAUUACCUAUUAACACGUAUUGAAUAAAUAAAUAACAAAUAUAAUAAUUAUUACAAUAAUAAGGUAUAAUGCAGUUGAGUUUUUAUACCCAAUUAAUUAUUAUGGUUGAAUACAAAAAUUAUGAAAUCUUAUAUAACAUUUUUGAAAGCUUCAUCAUGUUAAAAUAAAAAUGUAAUCAAAUUAUAAAUAACACUAAGUAACAUCUUUAGCAUAUAGCAUUGUUAAAUUCUCAUUACUGUUUAAGCUAAUUGAUAUUAAUAUAAUGAAACAAAAACAAAAACUACCAUAAUAAGUAUUUAAAAACAAAACAAAAAAAAACAAUAAAUUUAUUUAAUAUUUAAAGGCAAAUAAAAUGAAAACAAACAAUAGUCAUCUUUAUUUCACGAUCCAUCGCAUCGCAUGACAAAUAAAUACCAAAAACCAAAACCAAAUACACAACAAUAAGAUUGCGUUUGGGUCGUGUUAUGAAUUUGACUAUGGACAAGUCCAACUCAGGUUUCAGAUAUUUAAUUCAAUUGUAUUUUGUGAACUUCGAUUGGGCAGAUGUCCGCAAAUUUGCAUUAACAUCUGGUCUAUCGAGCAGCAGUUCGUCGGUUCUAUACUACAUUCUUUGAACUUGGUCGAAGAAUUCAAAAAUGUAUGUUUAGAAGAUGAACUGGUGAAACACAAUUGAUUGGUAUUUGUAAUUCGUUGGACUUGCCUGCAUCGAAAUAUCAUAAAAUCAAAA